CGGCUGGAGGCGCCGCUGGAGGAGCUGCGAGCGCUGCAGUCGGUGGUGCAGGCCGUGCCGCUCAACGAGCUUCGAGAACAGGCGGGCGAGCUGCGCCUCGGGCCGCUCUUCUCCCUGCUUAACGAGAACAAUCGGGAACAGACUACUUUGUGUGUAUCUAUUCUGGAGAGAUUGCUCCAAGCUGUGGAGCCAGUUCACCUGGCUAGGAACCUCAGGUUUGACCUACAGAGGGGACUGACUCACCCUGAUGAUUCUGUAAAAAUCCUCACUCUGUCCCAGAUUGGAAGGAUUGUUGAAAAUUCAGAGGCCGUUACUGAGAUUCUGAAUAAUGCUGAACUGUUAAAACAGAUUGUUUAUUGCAUUGGUGGUGAGGACCUGUCUGUAGCUAAAGCGGCUAUCAAAUCCCUGUCAAGAAUAUCACUAACCCAAGCUGGAUUGGAGGCUUUAUUUGAAAGCAAUUUGCUGGAUGAUUUGAAAAAUGUAAUGAAAACAAAUGACAUUGUUCGAUACAGGGUGUAUGAGCUAAUUGUGGAGAUUUCUUCUGUGUCAUCAGAAUCUUUACAUUACUGUACCACAAGUGGAUUGGUCACCCAGCUCCUGAGAGAGCUGACUGGUGAAGAUGUGCUAGUCAGAGCCACCUGUAUAGAAAUGGUGACAUCACUGGCAUACACCCAUCAUGGACGACAGUACCUUGCUCAGGAAGGAGUAAUUGACCAGAUAUCGAAUAUAAUUGUUGGGGCAGAUUCAGACCCUUUCUCCAGCUUCUAUUUGCCAGGAUUCGUAAAGUUUUUUGGAAACCUGGCCGUCAUGGAUAGUCCUCAACAGAUCUGUGAGCGCUACCCUGUCUUUCUGGAAAAAGUAUUUGAAAUGAUGGAAAGUCAAGACUCCACCAUGAUUGGUAUAGCUGUAGACACAGUUGGAAUCGUGGGAUCCAGUGUUGAAGGAAAACAAGUUUUACAAAAAACAGGGACCCGCUUUGAACGCCUCCUCAUGAGAAUAGGACAUCAAGCAAAGAAUGCUUCCACAGAGCUAAAAAUUAGAUGUUUGGAUGCAGUUUCAUUGCUUCUAUAUUUAUCACCUGAGCAACAGACAGAUGACUUCCUGAGGAUGACAGAAUCCUGGUUUUCCGCUCUGUCUCGGGACUCCCUGGAGCUCUUCCGUGGCAUCAGUAAUCAGCCCUUCCCUGAACUACACUGUGCUGCCUUGAAAGUGUUCACGGCCAUUGCAAACCAGCCCUGGGCUCAGAAACUUAUGUUUAAUAGUCCAGGUUUUGUAGAAUAUGUGAUGGACCGGUCUGUGGAACAUGACAAAGCUUCAAAGGAUGCCAAAUAUGAACUGGUAAAAGCACUAGCCAAUUCCAAGACUAUCGCAGAAAUCUUUGGAAACCCAAAUUAUUUGAGACUCAGAACUUACCUCAGUGAAGGGCCAUACUACGUGAAACCUGUUGCCACCACAGCCGUAGAAGGAGCUGACUGAUUUCCUCCAGUCUGUGUAGAGGACCGUUACUGAUCAGAAUGUCUCCUAAGGUGUAUGGUUCCAUCAGUGUUUUAUGAAACAGGGACUUCCCUCUUCCUAAAGCUAUCAUGGAGUGUCUAAUACAACCUCAUCAACAUUGUUGCGUUUCUACAUUGAAUACAAAGUGGGAACAUGAUCAUAGGAGUGCUUUUCAGAUUCCUGUGGCUGCCUUAAUCUUUGCAACAAGGUAAAAGCUUUGUUCUCAGAAAAUUCCCAUGAACAUAUGACUUUUUAAAAAUAAAAUGAUUUUGAAUUCCCUUUA